AUGACUUGGUUUCUAGCACGGGGGUUACUCCUCGUGCAAUUGCUAUUGCUGAGCAGUUUGGUUAUUGCUGCAGCUGCUAAUUUCGAAGCGGAAGCUAUUCCUGGUGCAUAUAUAGUGGAAUUCGCUGAUCAUUUGGACAAUUACGAAGAUGCCUUUUUCUCGGAACUGUCCACCGCCGAAAUCCCCGCGAGACUUCGCCUCAGUCUCUCCUCUUCCGUAUUCAAAGGCGCAUCAUUUCAUCUAGGCGACAUACACGACGAACAAGAUGAACAAAGAAAAAUCAAACAGAUUGCCUCUUCGAAAUCUGUCAAGAAGGUCUUUCCAAUGCGCAAGUACUCGCUACCGUACGAGAGGAUUAGCACAGCGAAUGAGUACCAGGUUCAUUUUUCACCCAAGAAGAUCGAACAACGUACCAUGGGGGAUGACAAUUUCUAUUCACUACACGCAAUGACCGGGGUUGAUAAGCUGCGCGAGGAAGGAUUCACAGGCUCUGGAGUCCGCGUCGCCAUUAUUGACACUGGCAUUGACUACAACCAUCCUGAUCUGGGCGGGUGUUUCGGCCCUGGUUGCAAAGUUGGCUUCGGAUAUGACCUCGUCGGCGAUUCCUAUACUGGUGAGAAUGAGCCCGUCCCAGAUCCUGACCCGUAUGAUAACUGCGGGGGGCAUGGGACACAUGUUGCUGGUAUCAUUGCCGCAUCGUCUAACCAGCAGGAUUACUUCACUGGUGUUGCUCCGAAUGUGACAUUGGGCGCGUACCGUGUAAUGGGAUGCAAUGGAGCCGUAUCAAAUGAUGUGCUUAUAAGGGCAUUCGCUAUGGCGUACGAGUCUGGCGCGGAUGUCAUUACGUCCUCGCUUGGAGGGAGCGGUGGUUGGAGUGAAGAACCCCUCGACGUCGUGGUCUCAAACAUAGUAAAAGCAGGCAUCCCAUGCACCGUCUCUGCCGGCAACAGCGGAACAAUGGGACCGUUUCACUCGUCAACACCAGCAGGCGGCAUUGGCGCAACAUCCGUUGGCUCCGUCGACAACAAAGCAUAUCCCAUGCUCCUCAUUCCGGGAACAUACAUUGCUGGUGGCAUCGAUUCUGAAUUUGGCUGGGCACCAGGGAUCCUCUCCAAUAUCUCCGAGGGCAUUUACCAGCUCUACGCACUAACAUACAACACCUCCUCCGCAGACGACGCUUGCCACGACCUCCCUGAAGAACCGUCAGAUCUAUCAGAAUAUAUCAUCCUAAUACGUCGUGGUGGUUGCUCGUUCAGCCAAAAGGCAGGAAAUGCGGCUGCCCGCGGCGCGAAACAUAUUCUCUUCUACAAUACCCAGCCAGGAACGAACCAAGCAUACGUCUACGCCCCAGGAAUCGAAUUCGCGGGAAUGGUCCCGGAAACUCAGGGUCAUAGAUGGAUCGCUCUCCUCGAAGCAGGAUACAAAGUCCACCUUACCAUCCGCUCCCCCGAACGCGCAGGCCUGACUAUCAUGGAAGAACCAAACUACACUACAGGCGGGUAUAUGAGUACAUUCUCCAGCUGGGGUCCGUCAUACGAAGUCCAAACAAAACCCCAGAUCUCCGCCCCAGGAGGCGUCAUCGCUUCAACAUAUCCCUUGGCCAUGGGCGGAUAUGCCGUUCUCUCGGGGACAUCUAUGUCCUGCCCCUACGCAGCAGGCGCGAUAGCCCUACUCCUUGAAGCACGCGGGAAACUUGACCCCGCGACCAUUAAUAAUCUCCUCUCCACAACAGCAACACCAGAGUCCUUCCACGACGGCAUAUCCGAAUAUCCCUUCCUCGCACCAGUCCCGCAACAAGGUGCCGGCCUAAUAAACAUCUACAACGCCGUCCACGCAACAACACUCCUCUCUGCACCCUCCCUAUCUUUCAACGACACAGCCAAUCUCCUCAAAAACGGCGGAUUCACCAUAAAGAACACCAACCCAGCAGCAGUGACCUACGAAAUCGCCCACACCCCUAGCGCAACAUUCUACACCUUCACAACCCAAGGAUCAAAAUCCCACUUCACCAAAGGCCACCCACCAGAAAUGAUCACCCGUGGCGCAGGCCUCUCAUUUAGCACCACAGAAGUAACAAUUCAACCCGGUGAACAAGCUUUCAUCCACGUCUCCCCAAUCCUCCCCUUCAACAUGACCAUAGAACGCAUACCAGUGUACAGCGGAUAUAUAUCUAUCAACGCGGCAAACAGCGAGAAUGACGAGUCUUUCUCACUACCGUAUUUGGGCGUUGGCUCGGUGCUAAAGGAAGCGCCAGUUCUCAACAAACAACACGUCUUUUUAACAUCGACAUCUAGACCUGGGGUCCCGUGGGCGAGUCAUUACCAGUUUAAUAUUCCGCCGCCGAAUAGUACGCGGGCGAAGUAUCCGGGGCUUCUUGCACCGGCUGUUUUUGCGGAGUUGAAGAUGGGGACGGCGCUGCUUCGUGUUGAUGUACAGCCUGUUGAUGUGUUUCCGCCGAAUCAAACUCAUAUUCCCAGAACUAGAGUCACGCGUGUGUUUAAAUACAGCACAGAAAAGGUCCUUGGACAGGAAAUCCUCGGUUCCAUCGACGGUUUUCCGGUACGCUAUGUACCAGGUCAAAAUGUUGCGGGUGCAUGGCAUGGUAAACUAAGUGAUGGUACUUAUGCGCCAGCCGGUAAUUAUACAUUUUUAGUGAGUGCGUUGAAGAUUUUUGGGGAUCCGGAUAAUGAGGAAGAUUAUGAGACGAUCAAGACGGAUGUUUUUGGGAUUUGGUAUGAGUAG